AUGAAUCAUCGGUCUUGUGGGGUUGUCCAAGAAAGAUGUGAUCAUACGAACAUCUAUGUUGCAGCCUUGGCCCCAAAUGUCCCGGCAAUGUACGAGCUGCACUUUGCUGUGCCCAUGGCUGGUGCCAUUCUUUGCACGCUCAACACACGUCAUGACUCAUCCAUGGUCUCUGUUUUGCUCAACCAUUCCGAAUCCAAAAUCCUAUUCGUUGAUUACCAGUUGCUCGACAUAGCCAGGGGCGCACUCAAGCUUUUGUCCAAUAAAGGCGUCCAAAAGCUACCCAUGUUAGUCUUAAUCUCAGAUCACAUUAAUCCAGCAUCCAACAUUGAUCUUCAAGAAUACGAGACUCUCCUAGCAACCGGGCGGUCCGACUUCACCGUCCUGAGGCCGGAAGACGAGUGGGCUCCGAUAUCCCUCAACUACACGUCCGGAACAACCUCGAGCCCCAAGGGUGUCGUUUACAGCCACCGUGGGGCCUACCUCAACUCCAUGGCUGCCACCCUCCUGAGCGAUAUGCCCUCCAUGCCUGUCUACCUCUGGACGGUCCCCAUGUUCCACUGCAACGGUUGGUGCCUCACGUGGGCCGUGGCCGCCCAGGGCGGCACCAACAUUUGCCUGAGGAGCGUGACUGCUGCCGGAAUAUUCAGUGCCAUAGCUGAAAACCGUGUCACGUAUAUGGGUGGGGCCCCCACUGUCCUCAACACAAUCGUGCACGCACCUCCCGGCGACCGGAGGCCGUUGCCGGGGAAGGUCACGGUGGCCACAGGCGGGGCCCCACCGCCGCCGGCAGUGCUGUUUGGGAUGGAAGAGCUCGGCUUCACCGUGAUCCAUUCGUACGGGCUGACCGAGACCUACGGGCCAGGAACCGUUUGCACGUGGAAGCCCGAGUGGGAUUCGUUGCCUCCUGAUGAACGGGCCCGGAUAAAGGCCCGUCAGGGCCUUCACCAUCUUGGAUUGGAGGAGGUCGACGUGAAGGAUCCCGUGUCAAUGGAGUCCGUGCCGCCCGAUGGGAAAACAAUGGGUGAGAUUAUGUUUAGAGGGAACACAGUCAUGAAUGGGUAUUAUAAGGAUGUCGAGGCAACUCGAGAUGCGUUUAAGGGUGGGUGGUUUAGGAGUGGGGAUUUGGGGGUGAAGCAUUCGGAUGGGUACCUAGAGGUGAGGGAUCGGUCAAAGGACAUAAUUAUCUCGGGUGGGGAGAAUGUAAGCACGAUAGAGGUGGAGUCGGUGAUUUUCAGCCACCCGGCAGUUCUGGAGGCAGCGGUUGUGGGGCGGCCAGACGAGCACUGGGGGGAGACGGUUUGCGCGUUUGUGAAGUUGAAGGACAAUUGUGUGGCGAGUGGUGAGGAUAUUAUAAAGUACUGUCGGCAGAAGUUGCCUCAUUACAUGGCCCCGAGAACUGUGGUUUUCGAUGAUCUGCCAAAGACCUCGACGGGAAAAACCCAGAAGUUUGCUCUGAGGGAGAAGGCGAAGAUUAUGGGCAGCCUUACCAAAGCGAGCAAAUUGUGA